AUGGUAAAACAUUAAAACAAAUCAAAUAGGAAAUCUAAAAAAGCUCUCCAACUCAAAAAACUCUCCGAAUAAGUGCCUGAAUAAAAAUAUUAAAAAUACUAAUAAGAGGAACUACUGCUAUUUGAAAAUGAUAAUUAAAAUGAGAGUGACUAAUCUGUCAAAUAAGAGCAAUCCAACCCCAAAUAAGAAGAAGACGGAGACAUCAAUCAGCCUUAGUACUAAGAGGAAGAUUCUGCAUAAUGGGUUGACGAGUUUGAUGAAAAAAUAUAAGUGGAUUUGAGCAAAUAGACAAAAUUGAGAAAACUGAUCAAAAAUGGAUAAAACCUAGUUACAGGCAAGGAAUACUAAAGAAAAUUAAGAGAGUUUUAUAAAACUUCAUAGUAAAACAAUGAAUUCUUGAGUUGGGCUUAAUCCAAGUAGUAAAUUAAAUAGGAAAAAGAUAAGUUUGAUUAAAAUCAAUUGAAUGCCAAUUUAAAAGAAUUAUUAUCAUAGAAUAUAUAAAAUUAAACAACCAAAAGCAGUUUGCUUCCAAAUAGAAUUCUCUAGAUUGAAUAAGCUGGAAUUAUUAAAGCUAAAAUUAACACUGUCAUUCAAUCAAUUAGUUUUCAUAAGAAAUUACCAAUAUUUGCAGAAGGAGGGUUUGAUAAAAUGGUCAGAAUUUAUCAAUUCAAUCCUAACAAAUAGAUACAACUUAUCAAAUCCAUAGCCUUAGAGAAGUUUCCAAUUUGCAAAUUAUAAUUCAUGAAUGAAAACAACAACAUCAUAGUAGCAUCUCCAUUCAAAACAUAUCUGAUUGAAGUGGACAUCAAUACUCAAAAGUAUAAGCGAAUACAAUCAACCUUAUUUGCUAAACAUUUUAAUUAAUCUGGGAAAUAUAAUAGACAAAUCGAAUUUGCAAUUAGUGAGGAUGACAAAUAUAUUGCAUUAUUUAAUGAAUCUGGUUACAUCCAUAUUUUAAGUGGGGAUAGCAAAAUUCUGUUGAAUGAAUUCAAAUAGAAUGAAGCAUGCAAGGCAGUAACCUUUGCUGAUGAGUUUUUGAUAUCAGCUGGACAAGGCGGUAAGAUUUAUUAAUGGUCAUUGUAAAAAUAACAGAUUUAUAAUGUCUUCCAUAAUCCAGGAGGAUUUGAAGUGAAUUGCUUAGAUUUUAAGCUGGAUCUUUUGGCUGUUGGGAGCAGAACUGGUAUUGUCAAUAUCUUUAAAUUAAACUCUGCUACAAAAUAAUUUAGUAAAGACCCAAUAAAGGAAAUAUAGAAUUUAACCACAAGUGUAAAUGAAGUUUAAUUUAAUAAAUUUUGUGAAAUCUUAUGCAUAAGUUCGAAAUGGAAGGAUUCAGCAAUAAAACUAGUACAUGUUGAUACUUUUACAGUAUUUGAAAACUGGCCAACUGUGACUACAUGUUUGAAAAAAAUCUCUGCAAUUGGAAUAAGCAAUGAUUCCAGAUUCUUGGUGAUAGGAAAUGAAGAUGGAGAAUUGAGAGCUUUUCGUUUGCUACAUUAUUGA